AUGGGCAGUAAGCCGUCGUCGGUGCCCAGGGAGGGCGAAGGGCACCCGGAGGUGUUCUACCGCGGCGUCCAGGCCGCGCGAGAAGGCCGCUUCACUCUGUCGGAGGUGUACUUUGACCAGGCGCUGACACGGCACCCCGGGCGGCACUUCUGGGACAGCUUCACAAAUGCGGUGCUGCAGAAGGAACGCAGCGCGUGCCCCGAAGGCGGCGGGACGUCACCGUCGAGGGGGGACGCGGAGAAGGUCGACACCGAUCCGGGCGUUGGCGGGCUGCUGAAUCCGUGGGGUGAGGCACAGCCGCCGAGCGCGUUUGGUGGUGGGAUGGACAGGGAAGACGACCUUGCCGGCGGUGAGAACAUCCGGGCCGAGAAUGGGCAGGGCGGGCUGCCAGGCAGCGGCGAUGACGGCGACGCUGCGGAGCUGGCGGACGCGAUGGCAAGCGACGCACAGCCGACGCACGGCACCAAGGUGGCUGACAUCUACCUGCCGCUUGACGGCGACCUGUUUCACGUCAUGGACUACUACCGCCUGCUGGCUGACAUUGGGCACACGUACCUGCAGCUCAUCCCCUCCACAGCGUAUGUGGAGAAGGUCACCGGGCUGGCCGCGCGCUACUGCCUCUUCACCAUCAGCCACACCCAGAUUCUGCUGCACUGCCUGGCGCUGUGGAAGGAGGCCAAUCUUGGCGACGGCGGUGGCUUCAUCGACUACGAGAAGCGGCGCAACCUGAAGUUAGGCUCGGAGCACUACACGGACUUCAGCUCUGACCCGCAAAGCUCCGAUCGACGAGGGCAGAAGUGGCGCACGAUGGAUCGCACGGCGUCGCUGUUUUUCACUCUUGGGCUGCUGGAGGCAAACUGCCGCCACAGCUACCUUGUGUUUCUUGUGAACUACUGUGCUGUGCUCAUCCGAACUUUGCCCCGAAUAAAGGAAAGAAAAACCUGCAGAAGAGUCAUUCAGAACGUACAGGAUCACAUGGAGGCUAUCAUGCAGUCUUUAACGUAUCUUGCGAACGACUACCCGCACGAGUACCUGAGUCAUCUGAUCAUGGAAAACGUGCCGAGGCCGUUGAGUGGCGACCGGGAUUUUCACAGCUCGAUGGGGGCCAGCUCCCACGCGGGCAGCCGGAACAUUCUCUACCUUGGCAGCGAUCAGCACCGCCACCUGUAUGCCUCUGGCUGCCCGUGGACACCUACGCAGUCGGCGCUGAUUCCGCUGAUCCUGCUUCGCAGUAUUCGUCUGAGCGUUCAGGAGACUGUGAGCCGCACCGCGCAAGCGCAGCUGCGCUCUCCUGCGCAGCGACUAAGUUACCAUUACCUUAAUUGGAGCCUACAAAGCGGACUUGUGAUCGUGCCUGGGUGCAAUCUGUACAUGCUGCGGAAGUCGCUGCCUGGCUUUGUGCCUGGGAAGAGCACUUUGGCGCACCACAUCACUAUGGCAGAGCAGGAGGAGUCCCACCUGCCGAUAGGAGGGGCGGAGGGCCGCUUGCGGGACGGCAGUGUUGCUGUGCCGGUGCCGGGGCACGGCAAUGACGCAGCACGCGGCUCCCGCCACAACUCCAGGGUACCGGAGGGCAGUGCUGCUGCGGCGAAGCGGGAGGCGCGUAUAAAGAAGUGUGAAGAGAAGCUCAUCAUGAAGCGGCGGGACAUCAACACAGACCUCAACCUCAGCGACGAGCGCACGUGCGUCGCCCUCUGCUUGGAGGAGGCAUGUGCCCUUGUCCUUCCCUCACUCUUUCUCUCACUCGUCCUGCGAAAGGUGUCCGGUGAUCCUGACUACAUGGAAAGCUACGUUUCGCUGAAGGCGCUGGGAACAGGACUCUACGGCCCCGAGUCGAGCGAGUGGAACAUUAUGUCUUUGCUCGUACAGAAACGUUUGGAAGAGUAA